AUGAGCGCACCGGAUCCGUUCCGCACCGAGUGCCUCGCCCGAGAUGUUAUCAACAAUCUCGUCAACAAGCCCGCCGCCGAGGGAGACGCCGUCGUGGCUGCCGUGACCGAGUUCUCCAAACAGGUCAAGGCUGCCGCUGCCGUUUCCUCGUUGGCACUAGCCGACUAUGUCUGGACCAUUUUUCGUGUCGUCUUCGACAUUGCCGCCGCCACGCCGGCCGAGCGCCAGGGCCCGCUGGUCGACUUUCUCGUGCAGCUACGCAAAGCCCCCGUCACGGGUGCCGACGACCAGCCGCUCACCUACGAGGGCGGCCUCGUCUGGACAGAUCUGCCCACCUUUGGCUGGGUGGCGCGCGAGUACUUUAACUAUGCAGAUUUGGAUCUCGAUCAGGCAAAAACCCUGUCGCUCGGGAACCAGCUCGCGUUCAUGGCCAAGCUGACGGCCAUCGCCGGCGCCGACAAGCCAAAGGACGCCUUCGACUUCGCCCUGUUCGCGCUGUGGUCACUGCGCACCGCCUUUGAAGAGGCUCCCCCGGCCGGCCAGAGCGCCGCCAGCAAGGUCAAGCUCGCCGAACUUGCUGCCGUCUGGGUCCGCUUUGCCAGCGACGCCCUACACACGAUGUGCGAGGAGAACCGCCCCUUCGUCGCCAACCAGGGCGCCCCGGGCGACAAGUACAAAGACCGCAAGUGGAAGGGCUUCAACCAGGAGCGCUGGGGGAUUUGGCUGGAGGGUCUGAAGGCGGCAGGCAUAGAGCUUUAG